GCCCCUCACUUCCCUACUCUUUCUCAUCACUAAGACGAGCACUCAUCUUAAGUUUCUAAGCCAACACAACACUCACUCAUCCUACUAUCCUCUGUAGUUUUUAUACAAAUCUUGUAGCCAUGGGCAAGGACAUUGAAGUAGGUGGUUUUGCUGCCAAGGACUACCAAGACCCACCGCCAACACCAUUGAUCGAUCCGGAGGAGUUCGGAAAAUGGUCCUUUUACAGAGCCAUCAUUGCCGAGUUCAUCGCUACUCUUUUGUUCCUGUACAUCACUGUGCUCACUGUAAUUGGAUACAAGAGCCAGAGUGACACUCUCAAAGGUGGAGACCAAUGUGGUGGCGUUGGCAUUCUUGGCAUUGCUUGGGCCUUUGGUGGCAUGAUCUUUGUCCUCGUUUAUUGCACUGCUGGAAUCUCAGGGGGGCACAUAAACCCGGCUGUGACAUUUGGGCUGUUUUUGGCUCGGAAGGUGUCACUGCCCAGAGCUGUGUUAUACAUUGCGGCUCAAUCUUUGGGAGCAAUAUGUGGGUGUGGACUCGUCAAAUCAUUCCAAAGUACUUUAUACACAAACUAUGGGGGUGGAGCUAAUGGGUUAGCUGAUGUCUACAGCAAAGGCACCGGUUUGGCUGCUGAGAUUAUUGGUACAUUUGUUCUUGUCUACACCGUCUUCUCUGCAACUGACCCCAAGAGAAAUGCAAGGGACUCCCAUGUCCCAGUAUUGGCACCACUUCCAAUUGGGUUUGCUGUGUUCAUGGUUCACCUUGCGACUAUCCCAAUCACUGGCACCGGGAUUAACCCUGCUCGAAGUAUAGGAGCGGCAGUGAUUUACAACAAGGCUUGGGAUGACCAUUGGAUCUUCUGGGUUGGACCCUUCAUUGGUGCAGCCAUUGCAGCCUUGUAUCACCAAUACAUACUGAGAGCAGGAGCAGCUAAGGCUUUUGGUUCUUUCAGGAGCUCUUCCAACAUAUGAUUCUAAUUGAGCAGGAUAAUAAUGUUUUCUCUAAAAUUCUAAUGGUUUGGGACUUAUGAAGUCGGAACCAUGGAAGUUGUACAUUUAACUUGUAUUAAGGCACUCGUUUUAAACUUGACUUGAUUCAUUCUGCUCUGUUUUCCUCUGUUUUAUCUUUUCAGUUUUACCUCUGAGGCUGUAUGAAUGUAUGAUGUUUAUGAACUAGUGCAUUGUGCUUCUCUCA